AUGUCGGACCGCCGGGAGAAGCGGCCGUCAGACGCGGCCGGCGCCGGCGCCGGCGACGGCCCGGAGGCCAAGCGCGCCCGCGAGCCGGCCGCCCCGGCGUUCCCCACGUACAAGGACGCGCCCGACCUGGCCCCCAAGAUCCGUCUCCUCUGCGAGAUCCUGGCCUCCUCCGCCUCCGACGUGGAGGCAGCCCUCGACGACGCCGACGUCCGCGUCACCACCUCCGACGUCGAGCAGGUGCUCCGCUUCUCCUACGCGCACCCGCGCGCCGCCGCCGCCUUCUUCCGCUGGGCGGGCCACCGCCACCUGCACCACCAGCACUCCCCCUACUCGUGGAACCUCAUCAUCGACCUCCUCGGCAAGAACCGCCUCUUCGACCCCAUGUGGGACACCGUCGGCUCCAUGCGGGCCCAGGGCCUGCUCUCCCUCGCCACCUUCGCCUCCGUCUUCUCCUCCCUGGCGGCCAGCCCCACCAGCUCCCCCCUCAAGGCGUUUGUGGAAAUGCCCAGGUACGGCAUGGACCGCGACACGCCGGCGCUCAACUCCCUCCUGUCCGCGCUCUGCCGCGCCUCCCGGCUGGAUGACGCCCGCGCCGCGAUCCCCGUGGCACGUGCCGAGGCCGGCACUCGGCCGGAUGCCGACUCCUACGCCAUCCUUCUGGAGGGUUGUGAGGCUGCCGGCAACGCGGCCGUUGCGCGUGAGGUGUUCGACGAAAUGGUGCACGCUCUCGACUUCGAUCCUGCCAAUGUGCCUGCCUACGACUCUUUCCUUACAACACUAGUUUCAAGUGGCUCUUCCACGGCGCUCUCGGACGCGAUGGAAUAUCUGGCUGUCUUGCGCCGGUACAGGUGUUCACCAGGGGAGAAGUUCCUCCGUGCUGCACUGGCGGCACACCUUGAGGCACGCGAAUUGCGCAGUGCUGUGGUUCUCUGGGAUGACUUUGUCCUUCGCCGUGGGCUCGUCCCAGAUAAGGAAAUGUACACCACGAUGAUCAUGUUGCAGGGCACUCUGGGGCAUGCCGAGGUUACUGUGAAGUACCUCGAUGACAUGGCCACCUAUGGAGUGUUUCCUGACACAGACACAUACAAUGUGGUCCUCAAGCUCUUGCUCAAGGGGAGGAAGCUCCGGGAGGCGUCUGCAAUAUUUAAAGAGAUGGUCAAGAACGAGUGUUGGCCAAAUGAGGCGAAUUGUUCACUUGCGCUCAGCAUGUUCUUGGAUACUCGUGACUGGGAGACAGGGAUCAAGGUGUGGAAGUGCAUGGCGGCGAAUAGCCUGCCUCCACUGGAGGAGGGUGGUAACAUGCUUGUAUCAAAGCUGAAGGAUGAGAUGUUGCCUGAGGCAUGCAAGUAUGCAGAGGACAUGAUCGAUCAGGGUAUCAAGUUGAGCUCCUCAACGCUGGCAAAGCUGAGGCACAGCCUAGGAAAGGUCAAGAAAGGAGACAUUCACGACCGCUUACUUGCAAAAUGGAAGGCGCACUAGGUUCUUCUCUCUUAUAUCAUAUACUGUAUGCGUUUGGGUUAUGUAGGAUUGGGAAUAGGAGAUGACUCUCUUCAGUUAACGGUUUCAUGGUAACUUGCUUUGCUGGAACUAUAAGAAGUUGUUAGUCGUGCAUAUAGUGUUUGCAGAUGUGGCAAUUAGUUCUGUAAACUAGGUGUGCAAUUUAACCUGUCAGGUCAGAAUGGUUUAGUAACUGAAGAGUGCAGUCUCCUACCAUGGUAAUGAACCUCUUUCUGCCGCCAUGGGUUUCUUCUUUA